UGAUGCUUGUGUUAGUCUGUUUGUAUGUCUGUUCAAGUUUUAAACAAAUAACUUUCAAGUAUAUCAACUAUCAGUACAAGUAUGAUUUUAUAAAACCAUUCGCAGUAAUUUUGAGUAUAAAAUCAUUAAUUUCUUUUUGUGGAAAAAGAUGGUUAUGUCUUUGAAGAUCUGGUUAUGUACUUUCAUAACUCUCAAUUUAAUUUCUACAGUACUAUGCAUCAAAUGUUGGAACUGCAGAUCUAGUAAUGACCCAAAAUGUGCGGAUCCAUUUGAUAAUUCUACCGUGCCUAUAACAGAUUGUAACCAAGAAAAAGGGUUAAAACAUUUACCAGGAUUAAGGCCAUCAAUGUGUCGUAAAAUAAGACAGAAAGUGAAUGGGGAGUGGCGUUAUAUUAGAGACUGUGCGUACCUUGGAGAUGUUGGUAUACAGGGUGAUGAGCGAUUCUGCCUUAUGAGAACAGGUACAUAUAACAUAUUUGUUGAAUAUUGUACAUGCGACAGUAAAGACGGCUGUAAUUCUGCAACUCUUAAAAACCCUAGUGUUCUUUUUACAUAUAUAAUAUUAACUCUUUGUAUUUUUUAUACAAUGUUUUAAACAUCAAAAAUUUAUCCAGUAAGAAUUUCAAAUUCAAGCUAACAAUAUUUUUACUAAACAUCUAUCAGAGAUAUGAUGAUGACAAUGAUCCUGAUACCUAUGUGAAUUGCAAUUAAAUGUUUAAUAAAAUAUUGCAUAAAACUAAUAUGCCCUUAUAAAUGUACAUCUACAAAGUUGAGGAGGAUUUUUAUUUUGUGUAAUCUUAUGUGCCUUACAAAAUAAUGCAUGGCAGUGAAUAUUUAUUUUUUAAUAAGUAUUCAUAUGACAGUCAAUCUAUGUAAACUCAAGUACUUUAAUUAUUAUAUACUAUUUUAAGUUAUGUUUUAUGACUAGAUCUUAUUGUACUUUAGAUACCUAAGAUGAUUUUAUAAAAUUACCAUGGUAAAAAAAAUAAAAAUAAGACUGCAAGUUCCGUCCAUUGUAACGUUUUAAAUAUAUGCAUUUUUCAAUAUUGUGUUGUUAUUUAAUCAUUGUUAUAUGACACCCUAUUUAUAAAUUUUUUUAGUAUCUUAAUAACAUUGCUAUUGAAUAUGCAAUGUUAUUAAGAUAUAAUAUAAAUAAUUUACAAUUUUCUAUAGUAAUAAAAGGUAUUAAUUUAUUAUUAUCUAUACAUUGUAAAGCAAAACUUUACAUUCAUGUGAAUGUGUUACUAUUAUUUUAAAAAUUUAAAGCAUGCCUUAAAUAAUAGUAAUGUCUGCUAAGGCAAGUUAUUUUUUACUUUAGAAAACCACACAUCUUUUGAUUCAUAAUAUAAAUGUAAAAAGGAAUAAUCUCAAUAUUUUUCAGAAAUUGGGUUAUCUUGUCAACUAUUUUUAAUAAACAAGACAUCAGUUUUGUAAUGAUUGUUGGUAGUCUCAGUUUCUGUACUUAGACUCAUACUCAGUCUGUUGGGCAUUUUGUAAUGAUUUAAUUAAUGCUAUACACAAGUAAAACGGCAUAGUUGCCAUGUUAUGCGUAUUAUAGUGAGGGAGGAGGGCAGAACUUCAUAUCUGCUUAAUUUGUUCUCGCACAAUUCAAUCAAUUCGUUUCAGUGCAACUUCUUAGCACUGAUAUAUAAAUUUGAUAGGCCAGUCACACAGUAUUGGAAUCUAAUGUAACAAGUUUGUCCAGAAAUCAAGCAAUGGUCUUGAUAUUGGACUAAAAACCAACAAUGAAAAGUCCUUUGUAUUUGAGAUUUUUAUUAAAACAAUAUUAGAGACAAACAUCACUCUUUGUACUUUCACAUAAUCUAUGUCAGUGCAUGAAACAAAACUUUUAAUAUCUUAAUGAGAUUAAUAUAUAGUUUAUAAGUUGAACAAUAUUAAACAUCAAUGCACCAUUUAAAAAACUUAAGUUUCUUUAUUAAAAUAUAUUAAAUUCAAAAAUAGAAUGAAAGAACUAAGAUACUGUAAAGUAAAAGAAGGGAUCUACUUGUGGAACAAGGGUAUACUGAUUUUGAGCAAAAUUAUUAUGCUUUAUAUAGAAUAGUCAUGUGGGGAUAAUAGCACUCAUUAAUUUGAUUCACCAGUGUAUAGAAUGGCAAAAGACCUUUUUGUAUAAAGGAAU